AUCACCUAUCUUUCUCAUCCACGACUCAAGACAACGACGAACGUGCGACGUCGCUAAAUAAUUAUUGUAUUAUACAAUAGUAUAAUAUAGUGUUUUAUAGUGUUCAACGUGUCCUGCACGGCGAUCACUACAGUGUGUACCCGUACGAGUACACAGAUAGUUGGGAGCGGCUGGAAGACAGGAGACUACCGAGUAAGAGGGAUUUUUUUAGUACGUUGACGGAGACCGGUAUUAAGGAGAAGGAGUUUGACCACGCGAAGGAGGUCUGGGACCACUUCGGCUGUACGAUGUUGGGUGAGUACAGCGAUCUGUACCUCAAAAUCGAUGUGCUGUUGUUGGCGGACGUUUUUGAGAACUUCCGCGACGUGUGCAUGAGGGCGUAUAACCUGGACGCCGCCCAUUAUUUCACCGCCCCAGGCUUAAGUUUCGAUGCGAUGCUUAAGUUCACGGGGCAAAAGCUCCAGUUAUUACAUGAUUAUGGCAUGCUAUUAAUGUUCGAAAAUGGUCAAUAUAUUAUUUUUAAAAAUGAAUAUAUAUAUAUAAUAAUCUUAUUUAUUUUUAUAGGUAUACGUGGAGGACUAGUGCAGGCGAGUAAGAUGUACACGAAGGCCAAUAAUACAAAAACUCCGGGGUAUGACGAAACGAAGGAGAAAUCGUGGAUAAUAUAUCAGGACUGUAACAACUUGUAUGGGUGGGCAAUGUUCCAGUACAUGCCGUACGGUGGGUUCAACUGGGUUGAACCCACAUUAAACGGGUUAAAUGAUUUAGAUGCUACAUCACCAAUAGAUCGAGUGUAUGAGGUUGAUGUGUCAUAUCCCCCAAGAUUACAUUCUAUCCACAACGACCUCCCCUUCCUGCCGCAAAAUAGUGUGCCGCGUGGUUCAAAGGUGAGGAAGUUGAUGGCCACGUUUGAGAAAAAGGAGAAUCAUAUUAUACAUUAUCGAAACCUGCAACAGGCGAUUAAGAAUGGUCUUAUAGUUGAAAAAGUACACAGGGUUAUAACCAGUCAGAUUGGCUGGCUAAAUAUAUUGAGUUAAAUACCGAGAUGAGGAAAAGAGCUACAAACGCGUUUGAGAAAGAUUUUUUUAAACUUAUGAAUAACGCU